AUGUCUGCUCCUAGGGAUCAGGCUUUGAAUAUCUCAGUGAACGAUGUGAAUGCUACUACUACAAUAACCUCGACCUCCAGCACUGAUAUUACAUUAAGGGAGUCUCAAGCCUCUCGUGCAACUGGCUAUGAAGAACCAUCUAUAGGUAAAUAUUCCAAUCCCUCUCUUGAUAAGAUCAAAGAAGGUAGUAUGUAUGCAGACGGGGCUAUUAGAAAACUAAUCUCUAGGGUUCUAAAUGAGGAUAUACCUGUGGUUGGGAUUUCCCAACCCCUUUCCCAAAUUGAUCCUCCCACAAAUGAUGAUGAAAUAGAAAAGACUACUGAUGCCUCUACAAGUGGUAAGGUUGAAAAUAACCUACUCGAGUUAUCCAACUCUAUGAUUAGGGAUGCUAGCACUGCUGGUAAAGAAAACAUCGACAUCUCCUUUGCUAAGGAACCCUCCCCUCGAAAGCAAGAUGAUCAAUGGCUUGAAAAUACCAACCAUGUUAUUGAUGUUGAUGAUUUAUCCUCUAGUGAUGAAUUGAUCAAGAAUGUAAAUCCUAGAGUUGCCAAAAGGAUGAGGACUAGAAAGGGAAAAGCCAUGCUCGACACAAACCCUCUGAAAAGUAACAAGAAGACAACUGUGGUUGGACCUCCAAGGUCUUGGAGCAAAGUUUGUGUUUCAUCCAAAAAGAGAAAGGGUAGGUCAGAUAAUGAGUCUGAAGAAGAUGCUGGUGAUGAUGUUCAGGACAUUAGGCAUGUAAAGAAGUUUGUGAUCAAGAGAUCAUCUAUGAAUGUGCCAGAUGCUCCCUUAGAUAAUAUCUCCUUUCACUCUAUUGGCAGUGCGACAAGAUGGAGGUUUAUGUAUCAACGGAGGGUUGUCAUGGAGAGAGAACUAGGUCAGGAUGCCCUUAAGAUUAAGGAAGACAUGGACCGAAUCUCUACUGUUGGCUUAAUAAAAACUGUGAUUGGGCUAUGA